CAACGGGAGCUCACCCCGUCACAGGGAUUCGAACUGCCGACCUUCUGAUCAGCAAGCCCUAGGCUCAGUGGUAAUGGAUUUAUUUUGCCACACCUACCAUAAUGUCAUUUCUCUUUCUUUGGUGGUUCAUAUUUGUAUACUCUGGUGGUAUCCAACAAAGUUGUUUGCUGUUGGGAGAUACAUUAGCUGAGGUCGUGGGUGGGUCCUCUCUGUUACAGUAUCUGCUCCAUUGGGUGUACACCUAGGAGUAGCUGCGAUAUGUAGGACUGAGUUAGCCUUCAGCUAACUUGUAAGUGCGCUUUUGGCAAUAAGGAGUUAAUUCUUCACUCCAGGCAGAGGCAGUGCCUGGCUCAAGGUCAUCCCAGUGAGCUUUGUGGCCAAAUGGGGAUUUGAAGCCUGGUCUCCCGGGUCCUAGUCCAACAGUCUUUCUCAUUAUCCCACAUGGGCUUUCACACAAGUUCCGGCUGCACAACGGAACUCGCUCCCCCAUAGCUCCCUGUGCAUCCACCAAAUGCCCCCUGGAUCUGUUCUGGAUAUCCCCCCCCCCCCCACAAUCCCCUGGAGCAGAUUCAGGAAGGGCACCAAGGAGACAUGGGAAGAAGAGAGAAGUUCCAUUAUACAAACUGAAAUCAUUUGUGCUAAUGGAACUAUUUCAUUGGAUACUGCUUCAUGGUGCUGGGUUAUUUAUAGUUUCAAACUAUAAAGUUGAAGUUCUGCUUUAACUAAAUAUGAAAGUGAACUUGUUUUCCACUAGUAAACAAAUAUUCAGAUUCAAUGAAUACUUCUUCCUCAUUAUUUUUCCACUCUCCCCCUUCAUUUCUUCCUCUUUUAAAUCCUGAUUCCUCAUCACCUCUGUUUGUCUUUGUCCAUUUGAUAUCUUAAACACACCCAAAAAACCCCAGUGGGUAUCUUCCCUACCUCCUUAUUCCAUUUGGUAGUGCAUCAUAUGUAACACAUAUAUUUUUCCAUGUUCCUGUUGAUUUUAGGGACACAAAACAGGGCUAGGUAAGAGCAUUGCUUUGUGCCCUACCACUGCUUAAUAUUAGACAGUUCAUGAAAGAGGAUCCCUGGGUCCCUGCAAUAGUCAGUCUGCAAUUAUGUAGAAAUGCUGUGGAAUUCUUAGAGCACAGAGCUGGCUUUAUAUGCAGUUGCCUCAUUCAUCAAAAUUACAUAUAACUUCCUUGGCACAGUGCAGAUGACCUGGCUGCUGCUUGUGCCAGAUGUAUUAAAUCUGCAUGAGUGCCCUAGUGCACCAUGUUUAGUAUGGAGUUUCUGGGAUAGAAAACAUGCACACACCCCACAUUCCUGUCUUCUAACAGCACCACAUACAGCGAAAGAGCAUGUAUUUUGCUUAACAGAAUAAAAAUGAGCAGCACUUUUUCACUGUUUGGGUGGCAGUGGAAACUUCUACCAUCUCCUCUCCCCGCCCCCCGCCCCCCUUUUACUGAUUUGGGAGAAAACAGAAAUCCCAUCCAAGUUAUUGAAAUAUAGUGGUCUCUUACAUCAGUGGACUCUCUCGUCUGUUUUGCAGCUACGAUAGGAAGAGAUGAGUCGGUUGUGUGGAAGAAUUGCCAAUAAUUUUCAGGAGGUAAUUCUUCAAGCCUGUUGUCUUUGUCCAUGGCAAAGGCUUGAAGAAUUACCUAGACAGCAUCUUAAAAAGCAGAGACAUUACCUUGCCGACAAAGGUCCGUAUAGUUAAAGCUAUGGUUUUCCCAGUAGUGAUGUAUGGAAGUGAGAGCUGGACCAUAAAGAAGGCUGGUCACCGAAGAAUUGAUGCUUUUGAAUUAUGGUGCUGGAGGAGACUCUUGAGAGUCCCAUGGACUGCAAGAAGAUCAAACCUAUCCAUUCUUAAGGAAAUCAGCCCUGAGUGCUCACUGGAAGGACAGAUCCUGAAGCUGAGGCUCCAAUACUUUGGCCACCUCAUGAGAAGAGAAGACUCCAUGGAAAAGACCCUGAUAUUGGGAAAGAUUGAGGGUACAAGGAGAAGGGGACGGCAGAGGAUGAGAAGGUUGGACAAUGUUCACGAAGCUACCAACAUGAGUCUGACCAAACUGCGGGAGGCAGUGGAAGACAGGAGUGCCUGGUGUGCUCUGGUCCAUGGGGUCACGAAGAGUUGGACACGACUAAACGGCUAAAAAACAACAAAUUCUUCAAGCAGAUUCUGCUAAACGAAUUACUGUAUAGGUAACCAUAUCUUAAGUUGACGAAAAUGAUACUAAUGCGCAGUGUGCCUGUAAUGUUUUUCCCCUUAGGUGAUUUACAUGCUACAUUGCGGUCUGAUCCUAUGUGUGUUCAUUUGUAAAAUAGGCCAGUAUUGCUGCAGUAUAGCCAUAACAUAGAUGGUAAAUUGAAGGUACAAGAUAGUGGCCUGCCUCAGACCACCCCUGAGUUCAUAGCUAAGCAGAGCUCUGAAUUAGAAAUGACCAGCACAUAAUCUUAACCACACAGUACUGCACUAGUUGUCUCCGUAAUGGGUAAAAGCUUAAUGGCAAUUUAUGGAGCUGCAUGAUUUUUGUUUAUUUACCUGUUCAAUCUCUUUGAUUUGUGCAGCUUGUGUGAGUGGGAAGAGAGUUUGCGUGUAUGGGUACAGUUUUAUACAUCCAUUUAAGCUUAAUGAUUCAAUCAAGUCUAUUGCUUUCCUGCUGCUUGGAAGCAUUGCCGGUUCAUAAUCAACAUGAGUCAUGCUUAAAGGACAUCUCAUAUAUUAAUGUUCUGAGGUUUUCCAUAUGCUUAAAAACCAUUAAUUUGUAGCCACAGAAUGUAGAGUUAUGCAUUUCAGAGCCAUAGCUAGAAAUCAUCACCAAGGAUUAAUAACUGGCCUCUGCAGGUCUUAUAAUAUUUAAAAAGAAUAUGAAGAAAAUCUGAUCACUCUAGUCCCUGCUAGAAAAUGUAAACUCUGCAAGUGUCAAUAGGUUAAAAGGUAAAGGGACCCCUGACCAUUAGGUCCAGUCGUGACCAACUUUGGGGUUGCGGCGCUCAUCUCUCAUUAUUGGCCGAGGGAGCCAACAUACAGCUUCCAGGUCAUGUAGCCAGCAUGACAAAGCCACUUCUGGCGAACCAGAGCAGCACACGGAAACGCCGUUUACCCUCCCGCUGUAGCGGUACCUAUUUAUCUACUUGCAUUUUGACGUGCUUUCGAACUGCUAGGUUGGCAGGAGCUGGGACCGAGGAACGGGAGCUCACCCCGUCACAGGGAUUCGAACCGCCGACCUUCUGAUCGGCAAGCUCUAGGCUCUGUGGUUUAACCCACAGCACCACCUGCGUCCCCGUCAAUAGGUUGAGACUUAACAAAAAACUGAGCAUUGGCAGUUUAUAUUCUCUAGCAGGGACUAAAGUGAUAAUCUGAGGGAUAUAAAUUUUUAUAUGUGUUAACAUCUAAUUUUUUAUAUUUAUAUCCCAAAUUUCAUCCAGGGAGCUCAAAGAGCUGGCACUCCUCCUACCUAUCUGUCUCUGUAUAGAGGCACAUACACAUAAAUAUAUGGACCGUUGUAGGGCUGGGACAGAACAGUUUUUUCUGUGGAAGCAGACCUGCCUUCUGACCACUGAAAGCUGCUUGGUAUUGUGGAUCUUAAACUCCCUUCAUCAAGCAGAUUCCCAUCACCAGAGUUAUUGGACCACGGAUUCAUUUUAAGUUUGAUGCAAUUGUCCCUUUGCAGUGGCACAGAGCCACAUAUGUCUAGGAAUCUAGUCUAAAUUGAGCAUGUAUAACCAAAACUACAAUAUUCAAACAAUGCUGUCUCACUCAGGACUGGCAGGGAAUCAAGCAACAGAACAACGUAAGACGUAAGAACCAACCAACAGACAGUAACUUUAUAGGACCAGGUAGAAUCCCAUUAGUCCCUUUUCUGGUCUGAUUGGCAGUUGCAGAGAAUCCUCUUGCCAUCUGCAGUGGUGCAGUACUGCAGCGCAGAAGAUAACAGGCUAGUAUAGCAAUUCCUACCUCUAGCAAGUUGCUGUGGUACUGUAGUGAUUAAGAUGUCUGUACCUCUUGCUGCCAGAGACCUUGGUUAAGACAUUGGUGUAGCACUCUUUAAUGUGGCAUGUGCUUAUUACAGACUGCUGCUUGCUUCUACUUUGCCAAAUGUGAUUAUGAAGGCCUAGUUCUCACAAGCAUCAGACGAGGAAAUAAGCUUGCUUCUAGAUUGUACCAUGUCAGGCUACAAGGCAGGGUCCUGUUACUGGAUUCUUCUCCCUAUGUAAAGAAAGUAACUUUCCACAGAGAAGCACAGCUACAAAGCUGUCCUUCAUUUAGUUUCCUAUGUGCAGGAAAGUUUUGUAAGGAAGAGUGUUCGGGGUUUUUUAAUCUCCAUGUUCAUCUUGAAGUUGUAUAAUCAAGAAACAGAUUAAAUCUCCUCAUUUGACGUUUAUAAAAACUAGGUCUAUGGAUAAUGCUUGUAAUGUUUACUGGUACUGAAAAAAAAUGAUAUAUAUGGAAGGAUAUGUGCAAAGGAAUGUUGCCCAUGGACUGAAAAGAGCUCCCCACCUUGACCGUAGGGGAGAGGAAACAUUUCAUAAUUAAAUAUAGUCAUUAAGUUAAAUACUUCUGAUUACUUGAGCUAUGGUCUACAAAACACCUAAUUCCAUUGGGAUUUGCUUCCAAGCAUUUUGGAACUGGGAUUUUGGAAUGAUUUUCAAUAUGGUCUUCAUGAUAUGUAUAUUCCAAGACUGUAUUUAGAUUUAUCUGGCAGGAUGUUACUUGUUAACAUUCUGGGCUUCGAGCAGCAAAAGGCAAUUUUAUGUCUGGUACUCUAUAAGUCUUGGCUAGCUCCAGACCGGGAAGAUAAUGGAGACAAUUCAGAAAGCAUAGAUCCAUCGCUGUACUUUGAACCGAACUUAAGUGAUCAUUUUCAUCUAUAUACAGGGUAAGAGAAGGUUCAAACAGUGGAAUUUAAAAGUGCCAGAGUAACUGUUGGCUUUGGCAAAAUAAAAAUUAAAAAAUUGGUUUGGCUGUUAAGGAAAUGCAGUGUAGCAUGAAGGAGACUUUAGGAGCUAAUCCAGAUUCUGGGUAUUGCUUAAGCUUACAUAACACAAAUCACAAGGUUACUAACAUUAUCGGCAUAAGGACCCUACUGAUUUCUGCACUAAGAAACAGCAUUUGAAGCACCACGUCUUCAUAUGCUGUUAGGGAGAAGGAGGAAACACACCCCGAGGAUUUUAUUAUUGUUUAGCAUUUAGAUGCUUUAAUAAUUUGCAGAUGCACAUUAAGCACUUGGCAAGGGAGGUGGUGAUGCAGGCAUGUGGAGUGGAUGCAUGCAUAGUUUUGAGGGGUGUAAUAAUGCUGAACUCUGAAGUGAGGAGCCAGCUGGAAGGCAGAUAUCUUUCAGGAAAACUGGGGGGCUUAGAAUGAGGGCUCUUGUAUUUGACGGGUGAGCACAGUGCUACUUAAUUAAAAGCUGCUUAAGGGCUUUUAAUCAAAGCACUGUGUUGGACCAGAAAAGGCUAAGAGUAAUACUGACCCCUGGGUUUCAUAUUGCUGGACACUCAGACAAAUCUAGAUUGUUCUGAAGACAGAGUAGAUUGGGAAUGACUCCAAAUUCUGAAAGCUCUGUCUUCUGACUUCUGUGUGAUUGGAAGGCUGCAAAUGAGAAAUACGAUUUUAAACAUUUAGAAAUAUGUUCUGGAGACAGUAAUUACAGGGUGAAGAACUGAUGGAUACUUUCCAGGGCAGAUACCACAAUGUAAAAGGAAUAAUAAAACAGUUUCUCCUUGUGUGAUGCUAUUUCCUCUGAAAGUGCCUUGGAACUGCAUCACAAUUAGAGAUGUGGAGCCUCAGUAUUACUGGGCAAAGUUAACUUACACCAGUAAGAAAGGGCCUGCGAUUUAAACAAAAAAAAGCAGAAAGUCAUGGAACUAAUUUCACAGUUAUUUAGAUUCUGGAUGAUAUAGACAAGAGUUACAUUUUUUAUUUAGCUGGUUCCCCCCCCCCUUCAGCUUACAAAAUAUAAUAUUCUCACGCAAUGAUCAUUUUGUCCAAUGUCACACCCUCACAAUUUGCGAUGUGUUUGGUAUUUAAAUGUUGUUCCCUUAGCCUCCUUGCUUCGAUAUUUUUUGCUUUCAGUCCUGUGCACACUUACAUGAGAGUAAGUCUAAUUGAACUUACUUCCGUGUAAGCUUACAUAGGCUCAGGCGCCAAGACACUGAACUGUAGCCACGCUGUCUUAACAGAAAGGAGGCACAUGCUUGGCAUUUAAUUGGCUUUGGCUUCUUAAAAAAGCAAAACCCCUUUGUUUAUCCCUCCCCGCCCCCCAAUUUAAUGAAGAGUGCUGUGGGUUUCUCCUCAUUGCUUCCAUACGUAAAAUCAAACAGGCCCAGAGGAAGGCCUGUCCUGAAUCUAACCUCAAAUUGCUGUUUAUGUAAGAGACAUGUCUUCAUGGAUUCAGCACAGGGUCACACCCCUGAAGGAAAUACUAGGCGUCACAUAGGACAAGCAGUCAUCUAAAUUAAGACUGGUUAAACUGUGUCGUACAGCUCAAAUUUAGAUACACUGAGAAGCAAUACUGUAUAUAAGUAGAUUCCCUGCUUCCCAGUAUAGCUAUCAGGUUUAUUAAAGCAGAGGAUAAAUCUCACCUGCAAGUGCUUGGUUCUCUAAAACAGAAGAAAGUGAACCUCAAGGGCUCAAAUUAUGGAGGGAAAGAUGUGAUGCCCUUAAAAAAAUCCACUUUGUCCCACCCCCAAAUUUUUACCCAUUUAUGUCCCUCUCAAGAUUUCUGAAAUGAAGUAGCUAAGGGGGCAGAUUCCCUUGGACGUGAGGGCGAUCUGGCUGCAACAUCUGCCACCCCAUUGAUCUCCAGGGUUGAUUCGGCUGAUCUGGCUGGCUAGGCGGGUGUCCCCUCCCUCCCUCACCGUUCCAUGUGCAUCCCUCCCGAAGCUGCGCGCUCAGUGGAGGAAGACGACUGUCCCAGAUAGAAGGAGUGUACCGUUCUUCAGUCAAGGACAUUUCAUUGAUUCAGAAUGACGCCGUGGAGGAUACCAUUACUGCUAACCUGCAUUAUUUGCACCAGCCUGACAAGAGCUGAAUUUUUCACUUCUAUAGGCCAGAUGACAGACCUCAUUUAUGCAGAAAAAGAUCUGGUACAGUCGUUAAAGGCAUAUAUUCAAGAAGAAGAAUCUAAGCUUGCUAAAAUCAAGAGUUGGGCUGAGAAGAUGGAAUCACUAACUGUUAAAUCGACUUUGGAUCCAGAAGGUUAUCUUGCCCACCCUGUCAAUGCAUAUAAACUGGUGAAGCGUCUCAACACAGAGUGGCUGCAGCUGGAGAAUCUGGUUCUUGAGGACGCAAGCAAAGGUUUUAUUGCAAAUCUCACAAUUCAUCGUCAGUUCUUCCCAAAUGAAGAAGAUGAGACAGGAGCUGCCAAGGCAUUAAUGCGUUUGCAGGACACCUACAAGCUUGACCCGGAAACAAUAUCAAAAGGAGCAUUGCCAGGAACAAAGUACAGAUCAGUCCUGACAGUGGAUGACUGCUUUAGCAUGGGCAAAACAGCGUAUAAUGAUGCGGAUUAUUACCACACCGUGCUCUGGAUGCAGCAGGCGUUGAAAAAGCACGAUGAUGGUGAAGAGGCAGCCAUCACGAAGGCGGAGAUCCUGGAUUAUCUCAGCUAUGCCGUCUUCCAACUUGGUGACAUACAAAGGGCUAUGGAGCUCACGAGGCGGUUGGUGUCUCUCGAUCCCAGUCACGAGAGGGCAGGCAGCAACAUGCGGUACUUUGAGAGGCUGCUGGAAAAAGAAAAAGAAGCCAAGACAAUCAAUGAGACCUCAGAUACGAUAGAGCCAGCAACACACGGCGGGAUAUAUGAAAGGCCCCAGGACUACCUGCCAGAGCGUGAAAUCUAUGAGGCUCUUUGCAGAGGAGAAGGUGUGAAAAUGACACCUCAAAGACAGAAGAGGUUGUUCUGUAGGUACCACAAUGGGAACCGAAAUCCCCACCUCCUUAUAGCACCUUUUAAAGAAGAGGAUGAAUGGGACAGCCCUCACAUUGUCAGGUACUAUGAGGUGUUAUCUGAUGAAGAAAUAGAGAAGAUUAAGGAGCUGGCUAAACCCAAAUUGGCAAGAGCUACUGUACGUGACCCCAAGACGGGCGUAUUAACUGUGGCAAACUACCGGGUGUCUAAAAGUUCAUGGCUGGAGGAAAAUGAUGAUCUUGUUGUCGCCAAAGUGAAUCAUCGAAUGGAGCAGAUCACAGGAUUAACAGAGAAAACAGCUGAAUUAUUGCAGGUUGCUAAUUACGGCAUGGGAGGACAGUAUGAACCACACUUUGACUUCUCACGGAAAGAGGAACCUGAUGUUUUCAAGCAUUUAGGGACUGGGAAUCGUGUGGCCACUUUUUUAAGCUAUAUGAGUGAUGUAGAAGCUGGAGGUGCCACAGUUUUCCCAGACUUUGGAGCAGCAAUUUGGCCCAAGAAGGGGACUGCGGUAUUUUGGUAUAACCUCUUCAGAAGUGGAGAAGGUGAUUACCGGACACGGCAUGCGGCAUGUCCGGUGUUAGUAGGGUGCAAGUGGGUAUCAAACAAGUGGUUUCAUGAAAGAGGAAAUGAGUUCUUAAGGCCAUGUGGGACAACAGAAGUCGACUGAAACCAUCCUGGGCCAUUAGUCAACUGGUUUCCCCAUCUCACCACAACUUUGUGCAUCGUCCAGUUCAUUUCUAAGAAAUGACUCCUACUCUACUAUGAAACACAAUGAUGGCACUAUUUAUUUAAAUAAAUAAAUAAAUAAAGGCAGUGGCUAUCGAUGGAAGAAGGGAGCUCUUUUCACUAUUGGUGCUCGGUGGCUGUUUCUCCAUUUCUCGUUUCCCUGCUCUCUUUCAGAUUCUGAAAGAACCACCGAAACUUCCCUGCUCAUGCUUUAAGCGUUUGGGCACUUUGGCCACGUGCCUCCUGAACUCCCACCGUUAUUAAUUUUUUUAGAUGUUAAAAGAUUUGUCAUCGAACCAUAUUUUUUAUUCCAAAUGUAAAAAAAUUAAUUUUAUUGUAUUUCUAGGGCGUGCGGUUUUAACAACAACAACAACAAAAUACAAAGUGUUCUUUUAAAAAGA